AUGGGGAAGGAUAAUGAAGGUGUGUGUUUAGACAAGCAGAGUGAUUUUUCUGGAACUGCUCCACUGAGCUCUCAGCCCAUGCUGCUCCUUGGACCGGAGGGAAACUACAACUAUUACGUGGAUGAUGAAGAUGAGGAAGAAGAAGAAAAAGACCAAGGAAAAUGGCCAACAGGGGACCCAUUUGAAGGAGAAAACAAGCUCUCAUCAUCCAUUCCUUUCUCCCCGGUCUUUUCCCCUGGGGCCCCAGCCAGGCCUUCCACUUCAUCCGUGCUGAACAUUAAUGUUGGUGGCCAGAGCUACCGUCUCACCUACCAGGCAGUGGCCACCUAUCCCAAGACCCGCCUGGGCCGCCUGGCCACUUCCACAGACCGUCGCUGCCAGCUGGGCCUGUGUGAUGACUACGCUGCCCAGGUGGAUGAGUAUUUCUUCGACCGAGACCCAGCUGUCUUUCAGCUGGUGUACAACUUCUAUGCUUCAGGGGUGCUCCGGGUGCGGGAUGAGCUGUGCCCACGCAGCUUCUUGGAGGAGCUGAGCUACUGGGGCGUGCGGCUCAAAUACACACCCCGCUGCUGCCGCAUCUGCUUUGAGGAGCGUCGCGACGAGCUGAGCGAGCAGCUGAAAGUCCAGCGUGAGCUGCGCUCCCAGGCAGAGGCUCAGGAGAAUGAGCAGCUCUUCCAUCACAUGCGCUACUAUGGGCCCCAGCGCUGGCGCCUCUGGAACCUCAUGGAGAAGCCCUUCUCCUCCGUCACUGCCAAAGUGAUGGCAGUGGCCUCCAGCUUCUUCGUGCUCAUCUCUGUGGUGGCUCUGGCACUCAAUACAGUGGAGGAGAUGCAGCAGGUAGACAAGAAGAGUGGAGAGAGUCGGCCUGUCCUGGAGCACAUUGAGACUCUGUGCAUCGUGUUCUUCACGCUGGAGUACUUGCUACGCUUGGUCUCCACACCAGACCUGCGUCGUUUUGCCAGCAGCGCCCUCAAUGCUGUAGACCUCAUUGCCAUCCUGCCCCUCUACCUGCAGCUGUUGCUUGAAUGCUUCACUGAUGAUGACCAGCCCCGAGGUCGGGGCUCUCAGCAUGAGUAUGAUAUCGAGAAGGUGGGACGGGUGGGCAAAGUGGGACAAGUGCUUCGUAUCAUGCGUCUCAUGCGCAUCUUCCGCAUCCUCAAGCUGGCCCGCCACUCCACAGGGCUGCGUGCCUUUGGCUUUACCUUGCGCCAAUGCUACCAGCAGGUGGGCUGCCUUUUGCUCUUCAUUGCCAUGGGCAUCUUCGCCUUCUCUGCCAUGGUCUACACAGUGGAGCACGAUGUAUCCAGUACCAACUUCACCAGCAUCCCCCAUGCUUGGUGGUGGGCUGCCGUCAGCAUCUCCACUGUGGGAUACGGAGACAUGUGUCCAGAAACUCACCUCGGCCGCCUGUUUGCAUUCCUGUGCAUUGCUUUUGGGAUAAUCCUGAACGGCAUGCCCAUCUCCAUCCUCUACAACAAGUUCUCAGACUAUUACAGCAAACUCAAAGCCUACGAGUACACUGCUCUCAAGAAAGAGAGAGGGAAGGUGGACUUCACGCGGAGAGCCAUGAAGAAAAUCUCUGAAUGCUGUGGAGAAGGUGGAGCUCGCUCCUUGCCACAACACGGAUAG